AUGCCAGCCAUAGGAAUUGACCUCGGCACGUCUAACUCCUGCGUUGCCGUUUACAGAAAUAACCAGAACCACGUCAUUGCCAACGAUGGAGGAAGUCGACUUACUCCGUCUUUUGUAUCAUUCACAGAAGAUGAACGUCUCGUUGGCGACGCUGCUAAAUCAUCAUUGUCAUCUAAUUUUGAGAAUACAAUAUUCCCGAUCAAAAGGCUAAUUGGACGAACAUACGAUGAUCCUAUAGUGCAGUCUGAUAUGAAGACAAUAGAAUAUGAUGUUGUCAAUGACAAAAACAAGCCUAUCGUUUGCGUCGCAUACAGAAAGCAAUUUUUCACCCCCGAAGAGAUUAGCGCAAUGAUUCUUGAAUCUCUCAAGCAAACAGCUGAAGACUACUUGGGCGAGCCAGUUACCGAUGCCGUUAUUACAGUCCCAGCUCAUUUCAAUGAUGCCCAGCGUGGUGCAACGAGAGAUGCAGGAAUCAUAGCGGGUUUGAAUGUUUUACGAAUGAUCAACGAACCCACUGCUGCGGCUAUAGCUUACGGAAUAGAGACCAAUGACAAACAAAACAUUCUGAUAUUUGAUCUUGGUGGAGGAACUUUCGAUGUCUCAAUUGUAAAUAUUGAAGAUAAAGUAUUUGAUGUGAGAGCUACUGGAGGCGACACACAUUUGGGAGGAAAUGAUUUUGACAACAGAUUGACUGAACACUUUGUUAAAGAAUUCAACAAAGCAAACAAAUGCGACAUGUCGCAGGACAAACGUGCAUUAAGUCGGCUUCGUGUUAAUUGUGAAAUGGCUAAAAGACAGCUUUCAAGUUCUGCAAAGACAAGAGUUAACAUUGAUGCACUUUACAACGGCAAAGAUUGGAAGAGCGAUAUCACGCGGGCAACAUUCGAACAACUUAAUCGUGAUUUGUUCAACAAAACAAUUCAGAUUGUAGAAAAGACGAUUUCAGAUGCAGGAAUGACAACUUUGGAGAUUGACAACGUUGUAAUUGUUGGUGGAUCUACAAGGAUUCCAAAAAUUCAGCAACUUUUGAAAAAACUUUUUGGUGGCAAAGUCAUAGAUAAGAAGAUUAAUGCUGAUGAAGCUGUAGCGUAUGGUGCAGGAGCUUUUGCAGCUAAACUGGCCGAUGAUACACAGUUUAUGUCAGAUUUUAAAGAAAUUGAUCUUCGUGACGUGUUGCCGCAAUCAAUUGGAUGGGAAAGUCUUGGGGGUGGAAUGAAUAUCGUACUGCAACGAAAUACCAACAUACCCAUAAUUGAAACAGUCCAUGGACUGACUACAGCCGAAGAUAAUCAGACAUCAGUGUCGUUUAUAAAAAAGGAAGCAGAAAAACUUAGAAAAGAGGAUGAAGAGUGGAAAGCACGAAAUAGAGCUCGAAAUGAUCUUGAAGAUUUUGUAUAUGCAAUCAAGCAUUCAGUCGACGAUCCUGAUUUCAUACACGAAAUGCUAAUGCACGACAAAAAGCUCAUGCUUGAAAAAUGCACGGAAAUAUUAGAAUGGACUAAUAUAAAAGGAAUUGACAACGUUGUAAUUGUUGGUGGAUCUACAAGGAUUCCAAAAAUUCAGCAACUUUUGAAAAAACUUUUUGGUGGCAAAGUCAUGGAUAAGAAGAUUAAUGCUUAUGAAGCUGUGGCGUAUGGUGCAGGAGCUUUUGCAGCUAAACUGGCCGAUGAUACACAGUUUAUGUCAGAUCUUGCUAUUGAGAAUAAUAUUUUCAUGGCAUUUCCCAAUGCAACAUAA